UUUUAAAUCCAAUGUUUUCCUCAUUUAUUUUGACAAAUCCUUUUUAUUCAGAGGACCUGUCUUUCUGGUUCCGGAUCUCUCUGUAUUUGCUUCACCGCCUACAAUGAACGCCAUCUCCACCUCUCAUAUCGAUCUCAUUCAAGAGAAUAACAAUGGCAGUGGCAGCGACUCCGAUACCAGUCACGAUGACGCGCCUGAAUACUACCAGCCGAUCUCAGCCGUGGAUGAUGAUGAUGACGACGACGACGAUGAGGAUCGAGAAAGUUUCGAUGAUCAAGUCAAUUCAGAUGAAGAACACCACCAUCGUAACCUAACGAGUGGUUACGUCAAUCGAGUGGAGAACGGGAUCUCGUCUCUUCAUGUAGGCAGCGUCGCUACGGAGCAAGAAGAAGAGGAAGAGGAAGAGAGGAGGAGAGAGGCGUCUGAUACGGCGAUAAGGAGGGCGUUUAGGGAAGAGGAAAGGCGGAGAAACGCGCCGUUAACGGCGGAGAAUGCUAUGAGAGUGAGGGAAGCGAUGCGUGGGGUUGCGUUCGCUGGAUUGACUCCUGAUUGGGCCAAUCAAAUUCCCGAGGACCGGUGGAUCGAUCAGCUUCGGCGGUUGAGGCAACCGCAACGCCCUUCCAGAACGGUUUAAAACCAUCUUUCCUAGAUUUUGGGUCAAUUUCAAUGCUUUUUUUGCCUUUUUGAAUUUUGGACAAAUCUCUGGCAAAUUAUAGAUCUUUAUCUGUCCUUUUGGCAAAA